UAGUUCUCGGGCUUGGGGGCGCUCGGGUGUGGAGUCUCUGCCUUGCGGUCCUGUGCGGUUGUCCUCACGCCUCGGCAUCUAGAGCCGCUUGCGAGGCUUUGGGGCGUGCAGUCAGGAUGGCAUGUUUCUAAAUGCACGGAGAAGCCUCUGCCUUAAGUCCCGUUGGAAGACUGACAGCUCUGGACCGGUGGUCGUUGAGCAUCACCGUUAUUCCUCCUAAAGUCCUGUGUCAUUGAGCAUAGGUAUAAAAAUGCCUUAAAAAAAGAAACAUGGAGAAAUAUGUGAGACUACAAAAGAUUGGAGAAGGUUCAUUUGGUAAAGCAGUUCUUGUUAAAUCUUCAGAGGAUGGCAGACAGUAUGUUAUCAAGGAAAUUAACAUCUCAAAAAUGUCAAGUAAAGAAAGGGAAGAAUCAAGGAGGGAAGUUGCAGUGUUGGCAAACAUGAAGCACCCAAAUAUUGUCCAGUACAGAGAAUCAUUUGAAGAAAAUGGCUCUCUUUACAUAGUAAUGGAUUACUGUGAAGGAGGAGACCUGUUCAAACGAAUAAAUGCUCAGAAGGGCUUAUUUUUCCAAGAAGAUCAGAUUUUGGACUGGUUUGUUCAGAUAUGUUUGGCCCUGAAACAUGUACAUGAUAGGAAAAUUCUUCAUCGAGAUAUAAAAUCACAGAACAUAUUUCUAACCAAAGAUGGUACGAUACAACUUGGAGAUUUUGGAAUUGCUAGAGUUCUUAAUAGUACUGUAGAGCUGGCUCGAACUUGUAUAGGAACCCCAUACUACUUGUCACCUGAAAUCUGUGAAAACAAGCCUUAUAACAAUAAAAGUGACAUUUGGGCUCUGGGGUGUGUCCUUUAUGAGAUGUGUACACUUAAACAUGCAUUUGAAGCUGGCAAUAUGAAGAACCUCGUCCUGAAGAUAAUAUCUGGAUCUUUUCCACCAGUGUCUUCACAUUAUUCCUAUGAUCUCCGCAAUUUGCUUUCUCAGUUAUUUAAGAGAAAUCCUAAGGAUAGACCAUCAGUCAACUCCAUAUUGGAGAAAGGUUUUAUAGCCAAACGUAUUGAAAGAUUUCUCUCACCUCAGCUCAUCGCAGAAGAAUUUUGUCUAAAAACAUUUUCAAAAUGUGGAGCACAGCCUGCACCAGCUAAGAGACCAGCUUCAGGACAAAGCUUGGUUUCUGUUGUGCCAGCACAGAAAAUCACAAAGCCUGCUGCUAAAUAUGGAGUACCUUUAACAUAUAAGAAAUAUGGAGAGAAAAAAUUACCUGAAAAAAAACCACUCCAAAAACAUAAACAGGCCCAUCAAAUUCCAGUGAAGAGAAUGAACCCUAGAGAAGAAAGGAGGAAAGCGUUUGAGGAACCAACAAGCAAAAGAAGGUUGGAAUUCAUUGACAGGGAAAAGAAACAAAAGGAUCAGGUAAUUAGUUUUGUGAAGGCUGAACAAAUGAAAAGGCACGAAAAAGAAAGGUUGGAGAGAAUAAAUAGGGCCAGGGAACAAGGAUGGAGAAAUGUGUUAAGUGCUGGUGGAGGUGGUGAAGUGAAGGCUCCCUUUUUUGUCAGUGGAGCAGCUGUAACUCCAUCAGCUUGUUCUUCUCGAGGACAAUAUGAACAUUACCAUGCCAUUUUUGAUCAAAUGCAACAACAAAGAGCAGGAGAUAAUGAAGCAAAAUGGAAAGGAGAAAUGCGUGGUCAAGAACUUCCAGAAAGAGUAAUUCCACCUGGGGUUCGUCCAGGAUUUCCUAAUGGGGCUGCAGGUCAUCACCAUUUCCCUGAUGCUGAUGAUAUUAGAAAAACUUUGAAAAGAUUGAAGGCCGUGUCUAAACAAGCCAGUACAAACAGGCAAAGGGGGCACCGUGAUGCAGAAAGAGCUAAACAAGUGGAAGAGUUCUUACAGCGAAAACGAGAAGCUAUGCAGAAUAAAGCACGAGCUGAAGGCCAUAUGAUUUAUCUGGCAAGGCUGAGGCAAAUACGACUGCAGAAUUUCAAUGAGCGCCUUCAGAUUAAAGCCAAACUUCGUGGAGAAAAGAAAGAAUCUGACAGUAUCAAAGGACAAGAAGGAAGUAAUGAGGCUGACUGGAGACACAAAAAGAUUGAAUCAUUUAAGGCCCAAACAAAUGCACGAGCAGCUGUACUGAAAGAACAGCUAGAACGUAAGAGAAAGGAAGCAUACGAGAGAGAAAAGAAGAUGUGGGAAGAGCAUCAUGAAACAGGUGGCUCUCCAUCAAAGCAACAGAUAUUACCAGUUGUUUCUGUGACGUCAGCUUUGAAAGAAGUGGGUAUGGACAGAAGUUUAACUGAUACCCAAGAACCUUUGGAAGAAAUACAAAAGACCAACAGUGCUCUUUCAAAUAAACGUGAAAUACUACGGAGACUAAAUGAAAAUCUCAAAGCUCAAGAAGAUGAGAACGGAAAGGAGAAUCACUCCGAUAUGUCUGAGAUAAUUGUUCAUGAGGAUGCCAGACAGUAUGAAAAAGAAAAAUCUGUCCCAUCUGAUCGCAAGAAGUGGGAAGUAGGAGGUGAACUUGUGAUUCCCCUGGAUGAGGUGGCACUGGAUAUGUCCUUCUCUGCAACUGAAAAACGUACAGUGGGAGAGGUUAUUAAGUUAGAUCCUAUUGGAUCGCCAAGAAAAGUCUGGGGGAAGAGCCCUGCAGAUUCAGUUCUAAAGAUACUUGGAGAAGCUGAACUCCAGCUUCAGACAGAACUAUUGGAAAACACAACCAUUAAAACUGAGAUUUCUCCUGAAGAGGAAAACCUCGAACCUUUAAUCACUGGAGGAGAAGAAGAAGAAAUACAUUAUAUUUCACAAGAUAUUACCCCAUCAGCUCUUGGUGAUUGUUCUGUUGAGACAGAAAGUCCAAAUAUUGGUGAGGUAUCUCCCCAUACAUCAUUAAGGCCAGAGGGAAAUAUGGCAGAAUCUGAAGAUUUGGAAACAGAAGUUCUCCAAGAGUCCCGUGAGAAAAUAAAUGAUGGGAGCUUGCCAUGUACUGUUACCAAUGUGUGGCUUAAUGAGGACAAAGAACCAAAUGAACCUGAAUUGGAGGAUAGGGCUGCCAGUGAGCAAAAUGAAAUUUCUCAAGAUGGAAUCCCACAGAAUGUGGACCAAUUUAGUGAAGUACAUAUGGAACCUGGAAUAGAUGAUUGUCAGCCCUGUAAAGAUGAUGUAGACAAAUCAGUGCAACCAGAGCCAUUGUUCCAUAAAGUGAUUCAUUCUGAGCACUUGAAUUUACUCUCUCAGAUUCAAUCAAUUCAGUGUUUAACAGAAGAAUCCAUUCCACCUCGAUCUCAUUCUGAUUCACCGCCAAAAAGUAAAAACAAGAAUUCUUUGCUGAUUGGACUUUCAACUGGUCUAUUUGAUGCAAACAAUCCAAAGAUGUUGAGGACAUGUUCACUUCCAGAUCUAUCAAAGCUGUUCAGAACUCUGAUGGAUGUUCCCACUGUAGGAGAUGUCCAUCAGGACAAUCUUGAAGUAGAUGAAAUUGAAGAUGAGCACAUUAAAGAAGAGCCUUCUGAUUCCGAAGACAUUGUGUUUGAAGAAACGGACACGGAUUUACAAGAGCUCCAGGCCUCGAUGGAGCAGCUACUUAGGGAGCAGCCUGGUGAGGAAUACAGUGAGGAGGAAGAGUCAGUCUUAAAGAACAGUGAUGCAGAGAAGACCACCAACGGGGCAGAUCCCCAAGAAGAAGAAGACAAUCCCAGCAGCGAAAGUGCUCUGAACGAAGAAUGGCACUCCGAUAACAGUGAUGGUGAGAAUACUAGUGGAUGUGAUUAUGAUAGUCUCUUUAACCACUUAGAAGAACUAAGACUUCAACUGGAGCAGGAAAUGGGCUUUGAAAAGUUCUUUGAGGUUUAUGAGAAAGUAAAGGCUAUUCAUGGAGAUGAAGAUGAAAAUAUUGAGAUUUGUUCAACAAUGGUUCAGAAUAUUUUGGGACAUGAGCAUCAGCACCUUUAUGCCAAGAUUCUUCAUCUAGUCAUGGGAGAUGGAGCCUAUGAAGAAGAUAAUGAUGAAUAAUCUUCAAGAUGUUUAUUUAUUGUAUGAAGAAUUUGAAUUUGGCUUAAUCAAGAAUAACAAGCUUCAUUGGAGAAUAUAGAGAAUAAGCUAGGCAUGCUUUUUACAUGAAAAAGAUGGAGAAACAUAGAGGGUUUUUUUCAGUUAAGACUCUAGCAUAUUACCUAUUUUAUUGAAUUCUGUAGUUCAGUCCUAUAGAAUAUAUACUUUGUCCUAACAAAGUAUAAGAGGCAUUGAUUAACACAGAACUAGUCUUAAUGGGUUUGAAGAUUUACCAUGCAGUCAGGUACUUUGACUUUCAACAAAUGUUUUUAGAUUGAAGGAACUACCUCUGUCAUGAAAGACUUGCCUAUGGUUUUUCAUUGAAGUAUUUAAGCAUGACCUUUUAUUCUGUCUAGUGUUUUCAUUCUAAACUGCAGUUCUGCAUUAAGUAAUUCUUGUCAAGGGCUCUCUUUACAUCUGAAGUGGAAUUUUUAGCUUUGAAAUUUAUAUUCUCAAGUCAUUUUUCAACCAGUGUGUCUCUGAAGUAGCUCAGAGGAAACAGGCUGUGGACAAUCUUAGAAAUCACCCAGAGAGUUGGUUAGGAAGAAUAGCAAAGUUGUAUUUCUCAGUAUUUAAGAAGUUGGUAAAUUUCUUCUGUUUCUCCUUAAGUACUGGAACUGGGAAUAUUAUAUCUAAAAAGUAUGCUGUGAAUUUUAACAAUGACCUAGUCUAGAUCAUAAAAUUGCCCUUUGAUUUUUCACUUCAUUGUAUGUAUGUGCUUCAGUAGCAAUGUCAGGUUAACUACUAUGGAAGAAUAUUUGCCUCUUUUACUUCCAUUACAAGAGGAUGUUGUUAGGUCAUUAAGAUGAUGGUCACAUAGCUCCACUUACAGUAUGCCAACUAUUACACGGUUUCAUUGGAGAUGUCUACAGUACAGAUGUUUUUAGAAUAAAAAGAAAAAUUUUGAAUCUCUACAAAAGCAGCCUGAUUGGCAAAUAAUUUAAAAAUAAAAUCUAAUCUUGCAGCACUAUGGGUACUAUGUUGGAUUUAUUAUGUAUAUUAUUUCUAAUAUCCUAAACAUUUGAUUUUUAUAUGUUUAUUUUGUAUUAUUAAAUUUCUAUUAUCUACCUGGUAUACUACUGAUUGUU